AUGGAUAUCAAAAAUAUUAUUAUCAUUUCCAUGUUGCAUGAACCGAUUCUUUCACAAGAACAAGAUAAUAUUUCAACGUUAGCAAAGGUUGACUUUGUGGAUCCUUGGGAUAUGUCUGCGCCAAUCUAUCAGAUCAAAUACAGUCCUUUUCAGCUUGUAAAUCUUGAUGAGUUGAAAUCAUUUUUAGCUCGUCCUAUAAAUGAAAGUGAAGAAAUUAGUCCAUCUGAGUUUAUGAGUUUAUUGGGUGUAUGGAUGAAUUUAGAUAACGAUGAUCUUAUCAGCUCAUUAUGUGCUGAAUUAGAUAAUUCUGUUAAAUAUCAAGCACAUUUACGUGGUAAUUGGGAAGAAGCCCUUAACUGUCUCUUAGACAUCAUGGAACAAAGACCACCUUGUUCGCCAAACUCGGUUCUAUUCCCGGCUCACGAGCUUCAAUUACCAAAUAUAAAAGAAAAAUUUCCUUAUGCCAAGAUUCUUCCAAUUGAUUAUUCAAUCCAAGCCUAUAGUCAAGCUUCACUUCGAACUCUUGUAGUUCCAGGUGUUCCUGGAUUUGCUUUUAAACUUGCCUUAGGUAUAAAAGUAUCUUCAGCGAUGCGUACUGUUUCGCCAUGGACCACACAUACCGGCCCAGAGUUCAUACCAAUUUUCAAAAAGCUAUGCAUUAACAAAGAGAUACUUAAAAUUGCGAAUGCCGUUGCUACUGCAACUGUUACCGAACAGAAUUAUGAUAUAGCAAAACAUCUAAGCUGCAUAAUUCGUGAAGACUUUAGUGAUCUAAAUGAAAAAGUGAUCAUUUGUGCUGCAUUAACUGAAAGGGAUGAGAAUGGUAUUAGUGUUGUAGAAAAAGUUUGGAAAUUAGAUACUGAAGAGAAACAUACGUUAUUUGCGAGCACUGGAUUACGUGCUAACGUAUUAAAAGAUAAUUGCACUGAAGCCAAGGAUUUGGUUGAGGUUAGUCUCGAAAUUUUGCGACAAAUUAUCAAGCCUUCCUUACUAAUCAAUUCUUCUAUUUCAG